CGUCCCCCCGCAGCCAUGGCGCGGCCCGGGCCCGGCCGCCCGUCGCUGGGGCUGGGGCUGGCGCUGGGCGCCGCGGGGCUGGGGCUGGGGCUGGGCCUCGGCCUCGGCCUGCUCCGGCGGCGCCGCACAGGAGACGGCCGGGAUCCGGAGCGGGAUCCGGAGCGGGAUCGGGAUCGGGAUCGGGACCGGGAUCACGAUCGGGAUCAAGACCGGGAUCGGGCUCGGCCCGGCGGGCUCGGCCCGGGCUGCGCGGAGGCCGUGGGGCGGCGGAGCCUGGCCCUGCACAAAACGCCAGUUCCUGCAGAGGCAGGAGAUGGUGCUGUGUACACACCUCUGCUGACACAGGAUGAACAGGUGGAUGUUCUGGACCGCCUGGACUUCAUGUUGAGAAACAUUGCAGAGCUAAGGAAAGAAGUGGAGGAGCUACGAAACAGCCUACAGCACUUAGCUGGAGAAAUCAUUGGUGAAGUCAGGUGCCAUCUGGAAGAAACGCAGAGAGUGACACGCCGAAGGCGUUUCCCGUUCCAUAGGGAAAGAAGUGAUUCCACGGGGUCCAGUUCAAUUUAUUUCACAGCCAACUCGGGAACAGCUACCACAGAUGAUGGAGAAAGCGAAGGCGGGUACACCACAGCCAAUGCGGAGUCUGACUAUGACCGGGAGUCUGAGAGAGAGAGUGAAGAAGGGGAGGACGAAGUGAGCUGUGAAACAGUGAGAACAGUGCGCCGGGAUUCCCUGGAUCUUGUCAACGAGGAUGAAACACCUUUAAUCUUAGAUUCUUUGCUGGAGGAAGGACUGGGUCAGCUACUGCAGCAAGCUGACCGCUUGCAUAAUGGACAUGAGCAAGAGAAGAGAGAGGGAUUCCAGCUGCUUCUGAAUAAUAAACUGGCGUAUGCGGAUCAGAGAGACUUUCUUUGGCGCCUAGCCCGAGCACAUAGCGAUAUGUACGAAAUCACAGAAGACACAGAUGAGAAGAAAACAUAUGCAUCUGAUGGGAAAGAAGAGCUGGAGAUUGCCUUUCAGAAAUGGGAUGAAAGUGCUGAGUGUCAUCAGUGGUACGCUAUUCUUUGCGGGCAGUUAGCGGAACACGAGAGCAUUCAGAAGCGCAUUCAAACUGGGUAUGUUUUUAAGGAACACAUCGAUAAAGCGAUUGCACUGAAACCAGAGGAUCCAAAGUCGUACUAUCUUUUGGGCAGGUGGUGUUACCAGGUUUCCCAUCUGGGAUGGCUUGAAAAAAAGACUGCUUCUGCUUUGUUUGAAACUCCUCCUACAGCCACCGUACAGGAUGCACUGCAAAACUUCUUAAGGGUUGAGGAGCUGAGCCCAGGAUUUUCCAAAGCAGUAAGAGUAUACAUUGCCAAGUGUUACAAGGACCUGGGGAACAAUUCUGCAGCUCUUCUCUGGACAAAUCUUGCUUCAGAACUGCCAGUUAAUACAAAAGAGGAUGCAGAAAGUGAGAGAGAACUUGAGGAGAUGCGGUCAAUCUGGGAAGAAUAAGAACAGAAGAGCUUGUUCCACUUGAUACUGCACAGACAAUAAAUUUCAAGUUAAAGGGGUUUCAUGAUCCUGACAAGUUUGAUUGCACUUCAUGGAUAAGCCGCAGGAGUUUACAGGAAUAAACACUCAGCAGUCUCAUCAGCGUUUCCAGGAAAAGAUCUUGGUGGGAUUUAAUGAGAAAAUUUUGUAUGAUUUUCCUACUUACAGCACUGCGUAUGUUUGAUUUUAAAAUUCCUAAAAAAAAAGUCAAAUUCCUAAAAAUAGAUAUAUACAUGUGUGAGUAUAUAUAUACACACACACACACAUGUGUAUAUAUAUGUGUGUGUGUGUGAUACCUGAAUUUCAGGUCUGCUUGCUGAUAAACUCUCUCUACCAAUUCCUGGGGAAGUCUUCAGCAGAUUUUUUUUUUUCUCAUUAACUAUUUUCUCAUUUGCUUUGUAAAAUGUUUUAAUUUAAUCAGUUUAAAUAACUGGUUACGUCUUUGUAUCACUGUGCUGUGUGUAUAAAUUUGAGAGCCCUUGUGCUCAGUGGGCAGUGUAGCACUGAUUUUUAUCAACUUGAUGCACUGGAGGCUGUGGGGUGUUCUCACGUUCCGCAGCCUGUUGGUUCAAGUGGGUACUGAUGCUAUGACUUAAGAAAAGGCCACUACAAAAAAAAGGACUUAAAAUAAGUGAAUUGUCUGUCCUUUUGUCCUUGCUUUGAAAAAACUGACCAUGUCCAAAACGCAUUUCUGUUGGUCCUUUCCAACUAUGCCUAAACUACCUUUACUGGAUUUCUGUUGAGAAGAAAUCAGCACUGCUCCUUGCAGUGAGUAAAUGCCAAAGGACCAAGAUGAUGUCCUUCACAAGAAGAACUUACUUUUAACAGGUGCAUUGCUUUCAUCAGAGGAGUGAGUAAUAAGAUUUUAAACUGCCGGACUUUCUCCCAGUGACAUCACUCACAUGAGAGUGAAAACUUUGUGUGUCCCUCUAAACUAUGUUGCUGUUGUUUAGAUGUAACAACUUCACUGCUAUUUAAAAGCAGUUAUUUAACGAUGAAACACUCGUUAUCGGAACAGGAAUAUUCUGUGGCAGAGAUGACACUUUGCUGUCAUGUACCUCCACCAGUUCUUGUUGACUAUUGCACUGGCACUGAGAAAAUGAAGCUGACAGCUGACGUUGUCUCUGACAGUUGCUGAGUACCAAACUGAGAAGGUAAACUGUGCUGUAUGCUGACAAAAAUGCUGAAGCAAAACCAAUUUCAAAAACUGCCCAAAGAAUUUAGAAAGGCUUUCUUUGUCCCUUUAAAUUUCAGCUGGCAGCUAACUGCACACUUCUGUUUUUUUUUUUAAUGUUUGUUACACACUGUCGUGUUGUACAAUGUUUGUGAAGUGCAGAGUAAAAAAAGUGUGAGUAAAACACUUCAUCACCUUUUUAGUCCCUUGCACAUGUGUAUUAAACAGAUGGUUCUUUUAUUUUGUGAAAAUAAUGUUGAGAGGGAAAUGCAUAGUAGACACGAGCUCACAAACUUCCCAAGUUUAUAGACUUUACACUUCUUAGCUAUUUCGAUUUUGGUCCAAAUUUAACUCUCUAAAAUUCUGAGGAUGAGCUCAUCUUAAAAGAUCCAGGCAAGGGUGCAAUUAGCUUUAUUUGCUUGGAGCUGUAUGAACUGAUACUUAUAAAUGGAGAACUGAACUCUUAACAGGCCAAAUUUAAGCCCUGUAUCUUUGUGCAGAGCUCCCCUUGCAAUGGGUGGCUACUUGAGCCUUAAUUACAGGACUUUGCUUUGCUUAAUGUAUGUUCUUUUCAUUAAUGUACGUUCUUCUUUUCAGUUCUUCAGUGGCAUGAUCAGGCUGCCUUUUUUAUUUUAUGGGAAUCUGUCUCGUUUUGAGUAUUUAUUUCCCAGUGCACGACCUUAUUUUUUUCCCCUCUAAACACCCUGUCUUAAAUAUUUGCAUGAGCUUGUAAGCUGUUUUCAUUUUGGUUGCUUAAACCAAGCUGGGAAAUACUCAGCAGUGUUGUCUGAAAGAUGCUGAUCAGCAACUUGCUUCUUUCAUGUAGUUUUUUUGCUAGGGAGAAGAAGUAACAACAGCUCUGAAAACAGCCAUGCCAUUAGGUGUGCUCGUAUUGCCUUUCCCUGCCAGCAAGUUCUGGAGUGAUGUUAAUCAGACAUGUUUAUUAAUUGGCGUGUUGCUUAAACAUUGCUGCCUUCUAAAAGUAAAUGGUUUUGGUGUAUGUAGCAGGAAGAGUGUGAAAAGGAAAUAUUUACAAUGCCAAAAGUCCAUAGCUUUCCUUAUUUGCAAACACUUUCAAGCCUUCACCUGCUUAUGUUUUGAUGAGUUAAACUGUUGGCGGCAUCUUUUAAAUUAUGUAUUUUCUGGAGAUAGCUUUCACUUUGUUUCCAAAGAUUUAAAUCCUCCCUUUAAAAAAAAAAUAUAUAUAUAUAUAUUUAUUAAUUUUUAAUAUCUGUUUCCAAACAACAAGAAAUUGUAGGCUUGGGGAAGAAAUGCUGAUUUGUUUUUUCUUUUCAUGCUUCCGAUCCUGCGCUGGGUUAGAUUUGAGUGUUUGAUGUGGAUGGAUCCCAUUUAUGGAGGCGAUGACAUUAGUCCCCUUGGCUUUAAAAAGGGCAUGGAUGAGGAGAGGUAUUAGUUAGUUUUCAGGGUGCCUUAGUGUGUGGAAGCACACCUUCAGCCAAGCAGCCUCUGUUAAAGGCCUGCAAGAAAGAGUGCUGUAAAAACAGGGCUUUGGGUUACAGUCAAAACAAAGCACGUUCAGAAACUAAUACCAAAGGCUUGUUUUUCUUACUGAUAGAAGCUGAAAUAAUUUUCUUCUCGGGGAGAGAAAAUAUUUGGUGUAAUUGAGUAGGGCUUAUUGGGCUGUGACCAGAACUUUUUCUGUCUUUGAGUAAAAAUAACCUGCUUCCUCAGAGGAAAAGGUGGUAAUUAAAUUAUGUUAAUUCUUCUCAGUUGGUGUUAAUUUUUGGAUGAUUUUACAUGAGUACAACCUUUCAGAUCUCAUUUAUUCUUCUAUUUUGGACAUUCUGUUUAAGCUUUCCAUGCAUUUGAUUGCCUGCUUCUGGCUUGAAAAGUUUUGGCUUAAAAAAACAGGCUCUGGCAUUUUGCUUCCAUCUAUCUUUUGUGUGUGGUCUUGUCCCUUUCUUGGGGGUUCUGAAGUUUAAAGGUCUGUUGUUCUGGUUUUCAUACAGGAAAGAUUUCCUCUGGAGGCUUGACUCCUGCCUAAAUAGCUGGGGUGGAGUUUAGUGUGUACCAUUAUAUGUUUUUUUAGUCUGCUGCAUCAGCUGGAACCUAAUUUAUGCAUCCAAGGCCAUGAUGAAAGACAACGACAGAGCUCGCAGAUCCUUUCAAGUGCAGAUAAAAGCUGCCUUUUGCUGUUUUCAGUCUGAUCUGCAGGAAGUUAUGACAUAGUCAAAUGAACCUUUUUCUUUUUGGUUUUCCCUUUUCCUGGCUUGUUAUGAACGAGAAGAAUGUGACUAAUUAACGUAAUUUAAUUCUAGUAGCAUAACAUGGUUGAUGUGGGGAUAAGACAAGGUCGUGUAACUAAAAUGCUUCCCACUCAGCAAUGCUUGGGGUUUUUAAAAUUCUUUUAGCAAUAGAAUUUGCAGUCUUCUGUUAGACUCUUGCUAUGUUGUAUAUUGGCGAGGAUGGCAGUGAGGGAAGCUGUUCUCCUGUUCGCAAGGGGAAGGCACUUCAGUAGCUUUCAGACAACACAGAAAUCGCCACUUUUUCAAUUUUGCACAUACUUCGCAGACUAAUCCCAGAGCACAAUGUGAAUUUCUUGAAGAUGCCUGCACUGAAUACAUUCUGGGACCACCAAUUAGGUUUGCCUAGUGCAAAUUGGGUAGAGUGACUCUAGAUAUUAUUCUAGACUUAUCACAGGGCAAGUUUCUUGGAACUAGUCUUGCCUUACCUUCAAAAUAUACCUACCUGUGGUUCAAUUACGAUACUACAGAAUAACUGAAGCUAUUUAACUAAUUUAUCCUCACUGUGCUGCUCUGUUGGAAAUAAAUUAUUUAUAAAUCAGGAGGAA